AUGGAAUUUGUGGUGUAUGAAGACCAGGUCAUGUCUCAAGAUGGUAUGGGAGGCUACUCCAUAUCGGAGCAUCGCGUGGACGGCCCGGACUGUUCAGUUGCCGAAGUUUUCCUCUGCGGUCACGGUGUUGAUUGGGCGGUAGCUGUUCCCGGAUGUUCAUUUGCGAUGGAGGUCAAGCCUCGAGAAGUUGGUUGUGCUCAAUGGAGAAGGCCCGGCAGUUGUCGGGAAUCCAUAAGUGGCAUCGCAUGGGACGGCAAGCACGAAUUGCAAGCGAUUCUUUAUGUCUUUACAGCUGGUGUCCAAGGAAUGUCUUGGCGUAAGAAGGAGAAGCAAAAGUGGGCAGAGGGCGGGGCAGAGCCGACAGAAAGGUCAAGACGGAGCCGUCAAGAGCUUUCCCGUCCCCUCUUGCCUUUUGGAAAUCCAGAGUGUGCUUGUGACAGUGACAUGGUGACUAGUGACGAUGACUGGUGGAUAGAGGAUGGGAAAGAAUGA